AUGCCCUGGCAACGUUGGAUCAUUGUUCUCUACCUUUGCUGUGGUCUUAUCCUCAUCCGAUCCAUAUAUCGAGUCAUUGAGUAUGCCACCGGCCCUCUCGGCGUUGUCCAAAGUACCGAGAUAUACUUUUACGUCUUUGACUCUGGAUCCAUUUUUAUCAUCACCUGUCUUUUCAACAUUUUCCAUCCUCGGCAACUGGCUACAGUGUCUAAAGACGAUUUACCAGACCCUGAGACUAUCAUUAUCACACCAUCAAAACCUCUAUCUCGAUAUCCACCGCAGGCACCUCCUCGAUACCUGCAACCUCCACCUUUUCUUCCCUCACAUGCCAAUUUGAGAAAUCGAGACGGUAGAUUGGUGGCACGAAAGGAAGCAAUGGAGGAGUGUCUAGCUUUUGAGAAAGUCUAUUUACCACAACAAGUUGUUUCCUAUGUUACAGAGUUUAGUGGGAAAUUAGAAUACAAUACGCCAGCUACCGCGAAGGCCGCCAAGAAGGCCAAGGAAGCAGGCUGUGUUUACAAGGUUGUAGCAGAUUGUGGCUAUCUCGCUGGUUUCGAAACCCCGCCAAAUGAAUCUUACAACCCUGUCAUUCCUUACCGUACAGAACACAAUUUGCCAUCGGCAAUGCAAUCCACCUAUUCAGAUAUCUCAGGUGGCCCUUCUACUUCGACAACUCCUCUUCAACCCGAUACAGAUUCCAUACGGUUCCAUGGUAUCCGUUCGUCUUCAAUCACAACCCAGACCCAAUCACAAGAUGAUGUUACUACUUCCCAACCGCACAAGACGUCCGACGCUAUUUCGCCUCUUAUUCGUCCCAGAUACCUCUGCUAUGUCACCGACUUUGAGAACAGAAGGUUCGAGACAGUUAAAGUGUCGGAUUAUAUCAAGGAGCAUGAGAACGAAAAUGUCGAUCUCGAAUUUGUCUUCGUCUCAUACACGCGCGUUCAGUUCCGAGUCGCUACGGAUGAAGAGAUCGACAACUACAUAUAUGCUUCCGAAGCGGAGAGGAACGCCAAUAAACAACUCGCCCACAGGGAUCGCCAGCAGUUAAUUGACUGGGGCAUUGAUGCAGCUAGGCGAGCUGGCAAGAAGUCAUUUUGGCUUGAUUUCGAAUGUAUUCGCAGUCAAGAUGGUAUUGCACGAGCUACGAGUAGUAGUGGCGAUGUAUAUCAUAUUUGUGAUAUCGUUCGAGCCGCACAUUCUAUGAUAAUUGCCAUCGCCCCUUCUACCGAAGACAAAAUCGCAUCUAUCCUCAACAGCAGGGAUCUCGAGGCAUUCUCCCCAAACAAGGUGACGCCUUGGCUACAACAAUGGGGCUCCCGACUGUGGACGCUACCAGAGCUUUUACUCUGUCCGAAUGAGCAUCGUAUCCAGCUAUACAUCGCUUCUGAUACUUCUGAGCCAAUGAGAAUGGCGAAACGGAACUUUGCUGAGCGUGCAUGGGAAGAUGCCAUUGUUGUGCAAGAGCUCGUCCAUCAUUUUGAGGGAUCGGCAACGUUGACUACGACCCAGCUCAUGGAGGCUGCUUUUGAAUGCUUCUCGAGGCGACAGACGGAUCAGUUCAGCCAGGGUGACAUCACCUAUGCCAUCAUGGGUCUUUUUUCUCGUAGACACCGUCCAACUGUUGAUAAGGGAGACUCAGGAUUACAGGCAUUUGCGAAACUUGCGUUUAAAAACGACUGCGGUGCAUUCCUGAGUCGCGUUAUCUGUUUCGAUCCUCCACCAUCCGGCCCCUGGUAUAGUUCGGUGGAUCUCCGUGGUAGGCAACUUAUCGAGGUGCAUCCUCAAGUCACUGAUGUCUUGGGUCCCGAUGUUCUGCUCCUGGACAAUGUCUACGGAGCCAUGAUAGACUGGGAUAACCUUGAUCCUGAGAGUGAUAUUACAAGACUCCGUCUUGGCGACAUUUACAACGGUAUAAACUUCGUAUUCGUCGAAUCAUUCGUCGUCUUAUGCUUACUGCUAUGCUUUUUGGCCUUUGUACUGAAAAUCGUACCCACAGGAUACGAGUUGUUCAUCUCUAUAGCAGGGCUUAUUUUAUGGAUCUGCGCCAGUGUUGCUAUCAUUCGCACCUUUAUUCUACUGAAAAGCUCUAUUUCCGCGGCUGGUACUGCUCCAUCGGGUCGACUGAUCGGUAUAGAGGGAAGAGUGAGUGUCAACAUGAUUGAGGAAUAUCUAUGGGGCUUCAACCAUGGCAGGCUCAAGAUAAUGGAACCUCAACAAGACUCAUUCAUAUCAAGACCAGAACGGGUCACUCCGGGUGACGCUGGUGCCUACGACUUCACAAUUGUUGAUACCCGGCUGAUGACAAUCACAUACAUUGUCAGUGACGAGCCGCCAACUGCAGUGCUUGUAUUGAGAAAACGAGACGGUCUGUACGGCCAAUUUCUUUGCUCAUAUGAUUCAGAGCAGCAAGCCUUUCACCGCCAUUCUGUUUUUAGAACGGACUUGAAAGGAGUCGAGGACUUCCAUAAACACAAGGGAAUACGACUCUCACUCGACUUACUUACCGUGCAGACCUCGAGGCCGACUUUGCAGAACAUCCGUCCAGAUAAUCGACGAGCCACUAAUCGCUUCAAUGAUGCUACUGAAAAGAGCAUAGCUGCAGAUGUGCCUAAGAGAUGGCGGGUCUUGAUAUUUAUGUACUUCUUUCUAGUCUCUCUGCAACCCCCACUCUUGCCACCAUAUGAGUUUGAGAGUUGGGCCAACCAAUAUAGGUCACUCGGAUACGCCUUGUCCUUUGCCAUCGCUCAGCCCUGGGCUUACUUCCUGUUAUCAAAAUAUUCUCUUCACAAAUGCUGGUUUUGUAUAGCUUCCCUGAAAGGUUAUCAAGGACUUUUCUAUUUACCUGUUACGCAUUACGCUUACUGCAAGAUCAAUCUCCGCUUGAUUGCGUUGUCGAUUGUUGUUCUCCUCCAGCCAAUAGUGGGUGACGAUCUAUUUUGGCCAAUAUACGGUGGCAAAUACUACGAAUUUAUGUGCGAAGUAGUAAAAGGAUUCAUUAGUGGUCUCGAGAUACCAUGCAUGGUAGCCAUUGCAUGGACCUGGUUCACUCUGGAGGAACUACCAUUAAUACUACUUGCACUGACUCUCACUGGCGAGAAGUUUCUGGUACUAGCUUCCGGAUCAUCGAUUCACCAAUGGUACCCAUACCUGAUGGUAAUUAUUGGUAUCGGUCUAUGCAAAAUUCCAUCGACUAUCCAUACAUGCCUAAUUGGUAGCCCAGAUGAGGUCAGCUGGCUAUCAGCCAAAGAUAAAAUAUCCUACAAGGAAAUGUCUGCAAAUAAGGCAUCACAGAUUGCAAGACAGACUAUGCAACGACGAUUGAUUCGAUACUUAUUGGUCUUUGUGUUCUCCGCAAUCACAAAGUUCGAUGUUCACAGAAACUAUGUGGCAGGAUACACUGAUGGAUUCGGAGUGUUGCAUCUUAUAAUUGUCAUUCUAACACAGUCUAGUUAUAUGGUCAUUUACGAUCUCGCACUCGUCAACUAUAGCUGA